UAUUCACCAUGGAACUCAGCGUAAGAUUGGGUUGGACGAACAAGAUAAUGCUCUCUCUCUGUUUUUUUUUCUUAGGCCAUCAUUGGUGAUAAGAAAUUGAGACCAGAAAGAAAGAAAGAUCGAAAUCUCAAGGCCUUAAAAAUGUUAGUUUAGCCCGUUUUCUUCUCGUAAUCGUACUGUUCACUCACCCCUCCACUUUCGGCCAAAAAUAACAGAAAUCUCCGUACCACCACCAAUGCCAGUCUUCAAAACCCCAUUCAACGGCUACUCCGUCAAGUUCAGCCCUUUUUACGAAUCGCGUCUCGCCGUCGCCACUUCCCAGAACUUUGGAAUCCUCGGAAAUGGCCGUCUUCACGUUCUGUCCCUGCCUCCUACUCCCUCUUCCCCACUCACCGAACUCAUCUCCUUCGAUACAGCUGAUGGCAUCUACGACCUUGCCUGGUCUGAAUCCCACGAUUCCCUCUUAAUCGCCGCUGUGGCCGAUGGCUCUGUCAAGCUCUACGACACCGCCUUACCCCCAACACAAAACCCGCUUCGCUCCCUCCAGGAGCACACGCGUGAAGUCCACUCCGUCGAUUACAACCCCACUCGCCGCGAUUCUUUCAUCACCUCUUCCUGGGAUGAUACCAUUAAAUUGUGGACCCUUGACAGGCCGGCGAGCAUUCGUACGUUUAAAGAACACGCGUACUGUGUUUAUUCUGCUGCGUGGAACCCUAGGCAUACGGAUGUUUUUGCAUCUGCUUCAGGGGAUUGUACUGUGCGAAUCUGGGACGUGCGUGAGCCUGGAAGUACGAUGAUAAUUCCAGGUCAUGAUUUUGAGAUUUUGUGUUGUGAUUGGAAUAAAUAUGAUGAUUGUAUUAUUGCUACUGCAUCGGUGGAUAAGAGUAUAAGAGUUUGGGAUGUGCGGAGUUUUAGAGCUCCGAUUUCGGUUUUGAACGGACAUGGGUAUGCCGUUAAAAAAGUUAAGUUUUCGCCCCAUCAUAGGAAUUUUAUGGUUUCCUGUUCUUAUGAUAUGAGUGUUUGUAUGUGGGACUUUAUGGUGGAGGAUGCAUUGGUUGAGAGGUAUGAUCAUCAUACCGAGUUUGCUGUGGGGGUUGAUAUGAGUGUCCUAGUUGAUGGGUUGUUGGCAAGCACAGGGUGGGAUGAGUUGGUUUAUGUUUGGCAGCAUGGGACGGACCCGAAAGCACCUUGACAAUGGGAAGUUUUUUUUUAAAAAAGAAAAUUUGUUUCUAACUUGUUCUUUGUUAGAGUUUUGGUAUUUUUGAAUGGAAUUCGUAUGUUUAGCAGUAAAAGCAUAAAUGUGGAAGCUAUCUUUGUUGUACUAGUUGUUUAUUUAUCUUAUAGGUGCGAUAUAUGUCUGAAUGGAUGACAUUGUUUAAUAAUGUGCUUAGCAGCCCUGCAUAUCAGUUUUAAUAACACAUAAAGGUGGUGUAGUUUUCUGCUUUGAUGAAUUUUGGGGGUUUUAUCUUCAUUGACACGUUUACAUUUAGGAAUGUUUCACAUAGUUUCGGUGUGAAUUUUCUUUAUAAAUGAAAAAAUGUGAUGGAUUGAAUGUGUGCUGUCAUGUCAAUUAAAGCAUGACUGGUGGAGUCGAUCCCCCUUCAGUGUACAAUAGAAAUGAACUGUGCAUGGAUUGAUAAGGCUAUUUAUCCACCUCUCUAUUGUUGAAUUAGAUGCAUUGCCAUGACAUUGUGUUUGGCUGAUUCAACAAUCUAUAUGCAUUAAAUCUCCUGGCACUUUACAUAAGGUAUAUCUAGUGGAUUUGAUUUUACUUUGCAAUUUUUUAUCUUCCUAUCUCUUAUUUCCCGUGUCCUCGAAUAGCACCAUUUUCUUUUAGAUAAAUAUUAAUUGCUAACAUUCCUCUGUUAGCAAGUCUUUGUGUUUCAUGUACAGGAUUUACAGAUCGUGUGUGAGAUCAGAUAUGAAUUUGGAGUUUGAGAGAUAGCAUUAUGCUUUUGUUGUCAUAUUCUUAUAUUGAAUUUAGGGGUAAAGAUUUGCAUUUGCCAUUGCAAUUCUUACGCAUUUUGGUUAUGUAUGUUUCAUGGCUGAUAGUUCAUAACAAAAAGGAGAAGAAAAACGAUGAGAUUGUGAGCGGGCCUCCUGUUGUAUUUAAGUUUGAGUUCUUUUAUAAAGAAAUUUGAUUGUUGAAUAGAGUAUUAGUGGAGAAAGAGAGAGAGAUCAUUUCUUCUUUACAAAGCAAGACAAUGUGGUGGAUUUGUUCCUGGCACUGAAAUGGACCGCACGAUGAUACCUCCUGAGUAUUAUGCAUCAAGUCUGCUGAGUUCUACUCUUUUUAAGGCAACUGUCUUAGCCUAGGGGAUGGUUUAAAUCCUGUGCAGAGAGAAUUGUCUCUAUACUAGGGAAAGCCAACUUUUCACAUUUUAGCUUCCAAUCAUUUGGGAAGACAUUGGACUUUUGGUUACGAUACAUUUCUUUAUCAAAAAAUUUGUAUCCAAAAGCAUGAAGGGAUGGUGACUUUUUAAGGGCUGUUGGUAACCAGUGAGUUGUGUUUUGCUUGAAAGCCAACCCAGCUUCAAUGUUGGAUCAGCAUCUUCCUACUUGACACGACCCCCCAGACAUGUGCUUAUUCAAGUUUAGGCUUAAACUGUUUUCAUGUACAUGCAGAAGCUCCCUGAAAUUGAUUUGGAGCGGACCAGUACAUAUAGAAGCUUUUGUUCACUAAGAGCUGAGAGAUGAGGUUGAACGAAACUCGUGUAGCUCAAACUGAUCGUGUUGUAAAAUUAACAUGCUGUUACAGUUCCUCUUGAGUCAAAUCUGCUGAGUUCAUAUGUUCUUAAUGAGAAUAUAUUGAUGCUGUCUCUCUGCAUAGUAGAGAUCUGAUUAGCAAAGUGGCAUCUCAGAAAGCCAGUGCUUUUAUUUUCCAUCA